UUACGGUACGCGCGCGUGUGUGUGUGUUUGUGCUAUUUCCGUUUUCGUGUGCGUGUCCGUGUAUUUUAUCUCGCCGUGUUAUAAUAUAUUAAAGGUCCGCCACUACGUCGUAUUUGAUAAUAAUAUUACAAUUAUUAUUAUUGUUCAUUUUUUUUUUUUUAUAUAAUUGUAAAUCUUAACGCCACAACGUUUCCGUCGUUUGGAAGACGCAUUCGGCGACUGCAUACAUUUUUCCGCUAUUCUCCGGCAGGUGGAUUAAAAUCGUAAUUAUUUAUUUUAUUUUAAAUUAAAUUCUUUUUAGUUUUGCACAGUGAAUUUAUUUUUGUUUCGAAAAUAUUAUAAUAUUUUGUGUUGUCUGCGAACGAGUGUCUUACACCUACCCGCGAUAGUAGUGAACAAGUGCGCAGUAUAAUAAAUAAGUUUUUUUUUAAAUUUUAUUAUAUUCUCGGGACCGUGUUUUGAAUUUUUAAUCCACGGAUCAGUGAUUUUACCAUCGAUGCAGCGUUUUUAACUCUGCCUGGACUGAACCCUUUUUAUACGCAUCGCCUUUUGGAAUAAUCGGUAUCAGCAGUACCUACCUGUAUCGCACGGGUGACGACACUCAUCCCGUCCGCAGCAACAGGUGUAACGUGUGUAUGGCCGUCGUACGGUCAACGGCGUUUAGCCGUUCGGGUCCAAAUCGCAUCCGCCCGCAGCACCAUCGCCGCGGCGGUGUCCUCCGGUAUGCCUGACAAGGAGACCAGUAUGCUGUACCCGAAUCCGUUCGAUUACUCUGUCGGGCUGUCCCUGCAGUUCCCGCUGUCGGCCGCUGCGGCCCCGCCGCCACCCCCGGACGCCAGAGGAUCGUGCAUAUGGAACCCCAGCCUCAUACCGCCCGCCACGUCGAGCCCGUCAACGUCCAGCAUGGGCGCGUUUCACCAGCCGAUACCACACAGCUUAGUCGGGAGUUGCGGUGUUGGAGGAUCAGGUGACUUAGUUCGGAGGGGGGCGGGUGGCGUCCUGCCGCCACACCAUCCGCACCCCCAUCCAGCCGAUUUCCCCCAUCCGCUUCGUUUCAACUGUAUGGAUAUCUGUUCGUCGUUUGCAACAGUCGGUUCCCUGAGUUCGGGUCUAUGUAGCCCGUUGGCACAAAGCUUCUCGCGUCAAGGUAAGAAACGGGCGCUGUCCGUGUCACCGUCCCCGGACCUAGAGCUACAUGGCAGGAUUCGGUCAUCGCCGAGUGCACUAUACUCGGCCGCCGCAGCGUACGGUGCUUCGUGCUCUAGGAGUUCGAGCACGUCCGGUUCGUACGGCCACCUAAACCCGCUGGCGUUUACCAUGCAACACCACCCGUCCGUCAUAUCACCCCAAGUCCAACAGUUGUUGCGAUCCGCCAGUGGCUUGCAUUUGCCGUGGCAUAACGCCGCCGCCAUGCCGUCCUCCGCUCACCAUCCUUCGUAUAACAUUCAUAUGUUACCUGUACCCUCGCAGGACUGCAGUUCACAGAUGUUGGCCAACGACAUGUGCAAGAUCAAACAGGAACGGUCCAAAUCGAAAUCGGCAUCGGCUUCAAAGAAGUCUUCUCAAAAGCUCGUCGAAGACUCGAAACAAAACUCACCGGAAUCCAUUAGUGACCUUAAAGGGGAACCAGAUUUUAUCGAAACUAACUGUCACUGGAAGAACUGUAAUCUAGAAUACCAGACUCAGGCAGUAUUAGUACAGCACAUCGUUAAUGAUCAUAUUCAGGCGAACAAAAAGUCAUUUGUAUGCCAGUGGCAGGAUUGUUCUAGAGCUGAGAAGCCAUUCAAAGCCCAAUACAUGCUUGUGGUACAUAUGCGAAGACACACCGGAGAGAAGCCACACAAAUGCACGUUUGAAAAUUGCACCAAAGCUUAUUCGAGGUUGGAAAACCUAAAAACUCAUCUCAGAUCUCAUACCGGCGAAAAGCCCUAUACUUGUGAACAUCCUGGUUGCAGUAAGGCCUUUAGCAAUGCUUCCGAUAGAGCGAAACAUCAAAACCGUACUCAUUCCAGCGAGAAACCCUACAUAUGUAAAGCUCCUGGAUGUACAAAACGCUACACCGAUCCCAGUUCCUUGCGCAAACACGUCAAGACUGUUCACGGAGCUGAUUUUUAUGCGCAUAAACGACAUAAAGGCAAUGGAAACGGCGACAACAGCCGUGGUGGAGGAAGUGGUGGUGGCGGGGGAGGUAGUGGCAACGGCCCGGGUGCCGAUGACGCGUCACCGUAUCGGAGCGAUGAGAUGCCGAUGAGUGCCAAAACCGUUAGCGUGUCUAGUCCGAGCAUAAAAUCUGAAGAAACAAAUUCCCCUGGACAGCAACCUAGUCCUAUGAGCGUUCCAUAUAGCAAUAGAAUGUUUCACGAUGAGCCUAUCAGUGACAGCAACCAUAGUGCAGAUGCACUGGAUGAUAAUUGGGUCGAAGACGGACAAGAUGCCGACUUAUUCGAUUUUAUCCCGAUGCACUCUGAAGUCGGAAUGGUUACUUCGGCACCUAUGGUCCGAAGGAUGCGACGGUUUGUACCACACGUAGGAUUGAAGCACGCCGCAGCCAGCGAGUUAUCGCCUAUGCCCGAUUUGAGUCCAGGACACGGAAGCACUUCCGGUAUGCAAGAAUUAAAUAAGCAAUUGACUGACAUGAAAAUGGUAUCUAAUCAAGACACUAUACGGAGAGAAAGCACAUUUAGUAACUAUUGGAGCAUGAAGUCUGAAUACAGUCGCAGGAACAGUCAAGCGCCUUCCGAGCAUCAUAGGUUAAGUAACGCCUCAUCCUUAUACGAUCCGAUUUCUGUGGAUUAUUCACCUAGUCAAGCAAAUACAGCCAUGGGUCCUGAUAUCGAUGAUUUUACCGAUAACGAAGAAUGCAGGCAGUUGCCAGAAAGUGCCAAAAUGUCGAGACCUCAAACUCGUCAAGCCGGAGCCGUACAUCACCCCAACUCUAAUAUUAACCUUGACGAGGUUGGCGAAGGUGAAUCGCUGGAGAGUAAAAUGGUCUUACCGGACGAUUUUGACGACGUUAUUAAAGACAUGAUAAGCGAAAAAAUCGAAGAUUACGAUCUCGGCUCAUUUGACGCAGAAAAAACCAUCAACGAACUGACUGAAUCCGCUCUGGAGCACAUUCCCGCGCUGAACCCGAUCAUCGUCCAGGAUGUGACCAGCGGUCAAGCUUUGACCAAUCCCGUGGCCCCCGUCGUUCCGCCAACCACUCCGAACGAUAGGCCCAACAAAGUGCCGCCAACCAACAGCUACCGGAACAUGCGCAGCAACAGUUUACCAGUCAACUGGCAGGGACAGGAGCAGAGCCACGGACACGGCUUGCCCGGUGCGGCGUACAACCCUCAAUUCCAGAACCAAAGGCCGUACCAGGCUAACCACCCGGCGACGUUGUUCGGUACCACGACCACCAACAACAACAGCAACAACAACAACUUUAACUUCGGGCCGACAAUGCAGCAGAGGCAAAACGGUGGACGGUACUCGUACUCGUCCAACCAGGACUUUGUCAACUACAACCACAAUUACGCCAACUUCAGGCACAACGGCGGGCAACAGUACCAUCCAUUGAAGAACAACAACAAUCAACACUAUCAGCUCAACAACAACAACAACAAUAAUAACAACAACAAUAGCAGCAACAGCAACAGCAACAACAACAACAAUAACAACGGUCUGCAGUUCCACGGGCAAGGCAACGAAAACGCGUACUUUGACGAAAACAGCGCCACGACCCCAAAUGCGUAUCAGAGAUGCCAGAGGACCACCACGGGUAACGGAGGACAACAAGCCGCGGCUGUGGGACAAGCGGCCGUCACGCACGGCAUGCAGUCGUAUAGUCAUGGCUAUUACAACGGUGGCUGCAACAACCAGCAGUGUAGUCAACAGCAGUGCGGCCAACAGCACAACAACAAUUACUAUAACAGUGGUUAUCAUCAAAACAACGGCGGAAAAUUCAAUAACUGCUACUCGAGGCCGAACAAUCAUCACCAACAGCUGAAUCAGCAGGCCCAUCAGCAGCAGCAACAGCAACAGCAGCAGCAGCAGCAGCAACAGUAUUAUACAGAUUUGGAUCGGAAACAGGAUACCGGAACGACGGUGGCUGCGGGUCCGAUGGAAGCAUCCUCACCCUUUCGGCCCGCACCAGAGCCCCAAGAGUUCGACAGCAGCAACAACAUGGUGCUUAAGGACAUGUCCACGUCAUUAAGUUCGCUGUAUGACGAAAACACCUUUUUCCAAAUGUCUACCGUGUUCUCCGAAUCAUAACCACCUUUCGAAUUUAUUGUAUAGAAUUUAAAACUAUAGUUACCACUCGGUUUUAGCGUGUUUUGUAAGUGCUCUCCUCCCUCCCAAUAAAGUGUUGAUGAUUUGUAUUUAUAGUUUUUAAUUUUUUUUUUUUUUUUUUUUACUGUAAAACUGGUCAUUAAUGAUAAAUGUUUGUUAGAUUUAAGAUGGAUGCAUUUUUAAAUUAGUGCAUUUAUUCUACAUCAUGUAAAACGUAGAUUUCAAAAAGUAAAAAGAAAUAAUUAUAAAUCCGUUGGAUUUGAUUUGUGUGUAUAUUGAAAAUGUUAUAAUUCAUAAUUUUAUUUAUUUAAAUGUAAGUAUGUAGUAA